AAUAUAGUCAAACUGGUCAUUAUUUUUGCUGAGGCGUUGCGAUUUCAUUUUCAACAUAGGCGAGGCAUGGAUCAACUACUCUCAACUCAAACAUGGCCGUGCAUUAGUAUUAUAAGCUCUACCGCUUAACCGACUCACUCUCUCAUUCCAAUUUCAUCUUUCAACUUUGAUUUAUCCAUCCAAGCCGACGCUCUCACCCUCCAUCUCCAGUGGCGAAGGAGGCAUGAAUUCGAAUCACAAGCUGCUGACAGCAGUUAUUUCUGCUUCCACUGCGCUUCUUCUAGCUGGAGCAAUCGUUUUGUUUGUUUUCUAUGUCUACUACUACCGGAAGAAAUCGCAGCGCCAAAAUGUGUAUAGUUGUUGUUCGGAUAAGAUGAGUGGUGGUCGCAGAAAUAUGAUGAUGGAUUAUAAGAGCAUAGAAUCAGCCACAGAUAAUUUUAGAGAGACUAACAUGUUGGGUGCUGGUGGAUUCGGAUGCGUCUACCAAGGCAACCUGCAACCUGGUAACAUUUCUGUUGCUGUCAAGAGGCUUUCUAAUGCAGAUGCCAUAACUGAAUUUCAGACUGAAGUAGAGUUGUUGAGUAAAAUUGAGCAUCCGAAUAUAAUUACUUUAUUGGGCUACAGCAUUCAUGCUGAAACAAGGCUUCUUGUAUAUCAACUGAUGCAUAAUGGAUCUCUCGAAACUCAGUUACACGGACCUUCAAGGGGUUCGGUAUUGACAUGGCAUUUACGUCUCAAGAUCGCCCUUGAUGUAGCAAGAGGAUUAGAGUAUUUACACAAGCGCUGCCAUCCGCCAAUAAUUCAUCGAGAUCUAAAAUCGUCUAAUAUUCUUCUCGAUUCCAACUUCAACGCCAAGCUUGCGGAUUUCGGGCUUGCUAUAUUGGAUGGAACUCAGAAGAAAAGCCAAAUCAAGCUCUCAGGGACCCUGGGUUAUGUAGCUCCUGAAUACUUGUUAGAUGGUAAGCUAACAGAUAAAAGUGAUGUUUAUGCCUUCGGAGUGGUGCUGCUCGAGCUUCUGCUGGGAAGAAAGCCUAUGGAGAGACCGGCACCACCUCACACUCAGUCUACAGUCUCAUGGGCCAUGCCUCAGCUCACAGAUAGGACCAAACUUCCCAACAUUGUGGAUCCUGUGAUUGCAAACUCUAUGGAUAUGAAGCAAUUGUACCAGGUUGCUGCUGUGGCGUUGCUAUGCAUACAGCCUGAACCAACCUAUCGGCCGUUGAUUGCAGAUAUUUUGCUUUCUCUUGUGCCCCUUGUACCUGUUGAGCUUGGCGGGACGCUCAGAGAUGCAGAAUAUGUUGCUACAAAACUGUCUCAAACCUAGUACAUACAUGUGUAUUCUCUUCAUUUGUGAUAUUACUACUUGGUCUUGAUCUGAUUCUGUGGUGAACUUCAGUUUUGGUGUUAAAUCAGCAGCGCCCAUUAAUCAA